AUGAUUUUUACCAAUAUUGUCUCUUUAUCAUGGCUUCUUGCCAUCUCCCGUGCAACGGCUGCUUCAACGCCAACUGCACUUCAAGUUCGCGCAGCUCCUGCUGUGCCACCUUGUGACUACAAGUUCUUUACGCAGAAAAUUGAUCAUUAUGGACAAUGCGAGGGGGAGUUCCAACAGCGCUUCUCCUUGUUCACCGAGUUUUUCGAGCCAGGAGGACCCAUCAUGUUCUACCAGGGAGAAGAAAUUACACACGUCGAAUGUGGAAAUGACACGAUUCUAUACGAAUGGGCCAAAGAGCUCAAAGGGUUGGUCGUUUCUCUUGAGCAUCGUUACUUUGGCGCCAGCAAGCCUGUCGGGAACGAAUCCAGCAAGAUUGAGAAUCUCAAAUACCUUACUCUUGAGAACGUCAUGGAUGAUGCGGUAGAGUUUCUCGGCCAAGUCAAGGAGAACGUGACGGGAGCAGCAGAUAGUAAAGUCAUCAUGGCGAGUGGAUCUUAUGGUGGAUUCCUUUCGGGUGUAUUCCGCCUCAAUCGACCCGAGACAAUCUAUGGAGCUCUUGCUUCGGCAGGCCCCGUAAUGGGCUUCGGCAACAGCACCAACGACCCGACUGUCUAUAACUGGAACAAUUGGGUCAAUCGAGUGUACCAAGAUCGCUCUAUAGUAGCUGCUCGAAAAAUCCAAAAAGGAUUCGCUGAGCUCGUCGGGCUCGUCAAGACAAACGAUUUCCCUACCCUUCAAUCCAAACUCGGAUUAUGCAGUCCUCCAACUAACCAGACCGCUCCUUUGAUCCCAAUGCUCCUAUCCACCAUCUUCGGCUUCGUCGCCGAAUUCAACUACCACAAAGCGCGACCCGUUAGCUCCCUCAUCUACCCCCUCGACCAAGCCAUCCGCAUAGCAGAGACUGAGCCAGACCAUCUCCAAGUGCUCAAUCGCACAGCUUGGCUGUACAUCGACACGCUAAAUAUCCCGUGCUGGGACGCCGACGUCAAAAUAAUGGAACAACUCAUUUCAUAUAUCGAACAGCCAUAUUUCCAGUACAUCACCUGCACCUUCUUCCCGAAUGUGGCGGCGGGAUACGUGGCCGAGGGACUCCUCUUCCCGCCCAACUCGAAUUCCGAUGCUGGUGUUCCUCUGGCGUGUCAACAGCAGUUCAACGUCACGCCCAUGACCAAGGACGAAAUCGAGUCGCGCUACCACCUCAGCAAGGAAGAUAUCCAGAACAGCAAAAGAAUUAUCUGGAGUAGGGGCGAGUACGAUCCUGCUAGUUCGGUUGAGCCCGCUGAGUUGCCGCUGGAUGAGGAUCGCAUGGCGAGUCGGACGCUGUUUGCGCCGCGCGUGGCGCACAUGGAGGAUGUGUUCCGGUCUGAUGGUGAGGAUCCGGUGGAGCUGACUUGGUUGAGGGAGAGGGAGUUGGAGAUUAUCAAGGGGUGGCUUGAUCCGGUGGAGGUGUUUGAAGCGUAA